AUGGGUCUCCUCGACAGCAUCUUCAAAACCAAGGCCGUCCGCGAAGACAAGCGCUCAUCCCGACUAAUCAAGCAGGACAAUAAAGCGCAGGCCCGCACAUCAAGCUCGACGCUGUGUCAGACGUGUGGUAAGCACUUUGUUCUCAACGCGAAGAUGUGCCAGGGAUGUGAAACGUGGUCCAAAGUUCCGCAGAAACCUUACUGA